CUAAGAAGAAUGACAUAUCUGCGCAGAGUGCUUAGACGACGACUGCACCCUCUUAAACUGGUAGUGGUGGCUCUGGCCUUUGUCAUGUUUUUGUUCCUUAUACAAUGGGAAGUGGAAAGCCAAAGUCCACAGAAGGACCCAUGGUUAAAGGAUAUAAAAGAGAAGCGCGAUACCAUGCUGGGCUUGAUGAUGGGAGCUGUGAAUAACUUCAGGGAUGCCAUGCCAAAGAUGCAGAUUAAAGCUCCUGUACAUAAGAGACACAGUGCAAACAGUGGGUCCUGUUUGCCGGGUCAUUACACAGCUGCGGAGCUCAAACCCGCCCUGGAAAGGCCUCCCCAGAACCCGCUGGCUCCCGGUGCCGCUGGCAAGCCCUUCCACACCAACGACCUGGGUGCUGCGGAACAGAAGGAAAAGGAGAUGGGCGAGCAGAAGCACUGCUUCAAUCUGUAUGCCAGUGACCGCAUCUCGCUGAGCAGAGACCUGGGCGCAGACACAAGACCACCAGAAUGUAUUGAGCAAACCUUCAAGCGAUGUCCGGCCUUGCCAACCACCAGCGUGAUAAUCGUGUUUCACAAUGAGGCCUGGAGCACCCUGCUAAGGACGGUGUACAGCGUCCUGCAUACAUCCCCUGCCAUUCUCCUCAAAGAAAUUAUCCUGGUGGACGACGCCAGUGUUGAUGAUGUGCUGAAGAACCAGCUGGAUGAGUACCUGAAAGCACUGAUUAUUGUCCGCGUCGUUCGGCAGGUAGAGAGGAAAGGCCUCAUUAGCGCUCGUUUACUGGGCGCGUCCGUUGCCACCGGUGACACGCUUACCUUUCUGGACGCCCAUUGUGAAUGCUUUAAUGGCUGGCUAGAGCCGCUGCUAGCCAGGAUAGCACAGAACUCAACUGCAGUGGUCAGUCCUGACAUCUCAACAAUUGAUCUCAACACCUUUGAGUUCAUGAAGCCAUCCCCGUACGGCCAGAACCACAACCGGGGGAAUUUUGACUGGGGCUUGUCCUUCGGGUGGGAGAGUAUUCCGGAUCAUGAGAAAAACAGGAGGGAGCAUGAGACUGAUCCAAUCAAGACUCCCACCUUUGCCGGCGGUCUGUUCUCCAUCUCUAAGGAAUAUUUCUACCACAUCGGAAGCUAUGAUGAGGAAAUGGAAAUCUGGGGUGGCGAGAAUAUUGAAAUGUCUUUCAGGGUGUGGCAGUGCGGCGGCCUGCUGGAGAUCAUCCCGUGCUCAGUGGUGGGCCACGUUUUCCGCACCAAGAGCCCCCACACCUUUCCCAAGGGCACUCAGGUUAUCACACGUAACCAGGUCCGACUGGCGGAAGUCUGGAUGGACGAGUACAAGGAGAUCUUCUACCGUCGUAACCAGCAAGCCAGGAAGAUGGCUAAAGAGCAAACAUUCGGGGACAUCUCAAAGCGUAUCAACCUCCGCGAGCGCCUGCAGUGCAAGAGCUUUUCCUGGUAUUUGAAGAACAUCUAUCCAGAGGUCUACGUGCCUGAUAUGAACCCUCUGCGCUUUGGCGCAGUGAAGAAUGUUGCCAAGGACUCCUGUCUGGAUGCAGGCGAGAACAAUGACGGUGGCAAACAGCUGAUCAUGUACCCUUGUCACGGAUUGGGGGGGAACCAGUAUUUUGAGUUCUCCACUCAUCACGAGAUUCGACAUAACAUUCAGAAGGAGCUGUGUUUGCACGGAACAGAGGGGGCUGUAAAGCUGGAGGCCUGCCAGUAUAAAGGCAUGAAUACAGUUGUGGGUGUGCAGCAAAAGUGGCAGCUGACAGAUAACCAGUUGUACUUGCCGGCACUGAACAUGUGUCUGAGCGCCCGUUUUGAGCAUCCCGCUCUGGCUCCAUGCGACCCUUCGGACAGAUACCAGCUUUGGUCCUUCAUCUAA